AUGCCUUCUGUUGUCAUCGAACCUUACGCUAUUAAUCCUCACAAUGGUAAAGCCAAGGAUGAACAAAGACCCAAGCUGUUUAGUUCCAUCAAAGACAGAUCCAUCACGUACCAUAACCGUAUCGUCGUUCCUCCCAUGUGUAUGUACAGUGCCAAAGAUGGCUUCUUUAACGAUUUCCAUGUGGCUCAUUAUGGUUCUUAUGCUAUCAGAGGCUCAGGUAUGAUCAUCAUUGAAGCCACUGCUGUUGAACCUCGUGGUCGUAUCUCUCCUCAUGACGCUGGUUUAUGGUCCGACGACCAUAUUGCUCCUCUUAAGCGCAUUGUUGAUGUUAUCAAGUCUCAAGGAUCUGUUCCUUCUAUCCAAAUCGCACACGCAGGUCGCAAGGCCGACAUGUCUUCUCCAUGGCUUGGUUACAAGCUGGUGCCUGAAUCAGAAGGCGGAUGGCCAAACGAUAUCGUCGGUCCCUCUGAUGUCCCCUUUGAUGAGCACCACGGUAAGCCUCAUGCUUUGACUAUUCCCGAGAUGCAAGAAAUCAAACAAAAAUGGGUCAAUGCCGCUAUCCGUGCUGACAAGGCUGGUAUUGAAGUACUUGAAAUUCACGACGCUCAUGGCUACUUGUUGCACAAUUUCUUGUCUGGUUAUUCAAACAAGCGUACUGAUAUCUAUGGUGGCUCUUUGGAAAACCGUAUGCGCUACCCUCUUGAAGUCGUCGAAGCCAUUCGUAAGGUCUGGCCAGAACAUAAGCCCCUGUGGGUUCGUAUCUCUGCUACCGACUUUAAGUCAUUAGACCCUGAGGCCCAUGAUGAAGAUGGUUGGGACCUUUAUCAAUCCAUUGAGUACGUCAAGGCAUUGAAGGAUAUCGGUGUUGAUGUUAUUGAUGUCUCCGCUGGUGGAAAUCGUCCUGAUGCUGAGUACCCCCGUAACCCUCUUUAUCAAGUCCCCUUUGCUGAAGCUAUCAAGCGUGCCACUGGUAUCGCUGUUGGUGCAGUCGGCAGGAUCACUGAUCCUAAGGAUGCCGAGGCUAUUUUACAGCAAGACAAGGCUGAUUAUAUCUUGAUCGGUCGUGAGCACCUUCGUGACACAGCUUGGGUAAAUCGAGCUGCUCGUGAGCUUGGUGUGAAGACUACUUGGAUCAACCAAUACGAACGCGCUCAGCGUGAAUUAUAG